AACAGAGAGAGGAGGUCAGUCAAGCAGUGGUUGAUGGAGGGAGAGCAAGACAGGAGAAGGCAGAAAGCAGUUUUCAGCCCCUUCUGAAUAUUUCAUGAGGGAGAUCCUCCAACAUCAAGCUACCUGGAUGGACUGAGAGAAAGAGUUGGGGCUGAGGUGUGCAUUUUAGCCGGCACCACCAGUGACACAACUACAGGGCUGUGCACUUUACAAGCACUAGGACAAGGAGAGAGAUGGAAGAGAAGAGGAUUUGAGAUUGUUAUAUAUUUUAUCCCCGUGCAUGAUCCUGCUGGAGAAGCUCGCCUUAAAAGCCUCAGAUGAGCAAAAGAUCUGCAGGAAGGCAUGAGUCAACAAAAAGAGCACCACAGGGCACGACUGCUGGCUGGCUAAUCCCUAAACCUGUGAAAAGCGAGGUACAGGGGGGAACAACGAAGAACCGAAGCAAACCCACACAAACAACAGAACGGUAUGCUGGCCUUCUCCUGGCUGAAUGUCUGUCUUAGGUUGCCUGAUUUUUCCUGCAACAUCACAACAUAGUAAAAAACUUCUGUUUCUGUCAAAGAAACUCCGAUUUACAUGACUGGCUUGUUGGGCAGAACUCGCAGCURUUUUUUCCAGAGUUUCACGGAGGAAUCGGUCGUCUGUCUCAGAGGACUCGACCCACGUUGGCAGGUAUGUCGUCCAACGAACUGAGCGUCGAGAUGGACUCGUGCAUCCGGACCUUCAAGGAGCACAUGCACCUGGAGCUGGAACCCCCGAAGAUGCCGGGCAUGGUGGGAGGCAGGAGGGGCGCCACAUCUCCCAAGCUGUCCCCGAGAAGCUCCCCGCGCCUGUUCCGCAAGCUGAUGGUGAACAAGAGCAUCCGGCAGAGGCGGCGCUUCACGGUGGCUCAUACCUGUUUUGAUGUGGAGAAUGGCCCAUCUGCCAGCUGCAGCCCUUUGGACCCCCAGUCCUCCCCCGGUUCCGGUCUGGUCCUGCACACCAACUUCCCAGGACACAACCAGCGCCGAGAGUCCUUCCUCUAUCGGUCCGACAGCGACUAUGAGCUGUCCCCCAAGUCCAUGUCACGAAACUCCUCCAUCGCCUCUGAACUACAUGGUGACGACCUGAUCGUGACUCCAUUUGCUCAGGUUUUAGCAAGCCUUCGAAGUGUAAGGAAUAACUUCACCAUACUGACUAAUGUCCAGUGUCCUUCUAGCAAGAGGUCUCCAGCAGCAACAACUCAGCCUCCAAUCACCAAAGUGUGUCUCCCAGAUGAGGCGUACCAAAAGCUGGCAAUGGAGACGAUGGAAGAGUUGGACUGGUGUCUGGACCAGCUGGAGACCAUCCAGACRUACAGGUCUGUCAGCGACAUGGCCUCCAACAAGUUUAAGCGGAUGUUGAAUCGGGAGUUGACGCACCUAUCCGAGAUGAGUCGGUCUGGGAAUCAGGUUUCCGAAUUCAUCUCGAACACCUUCCUAGACAAACAGAAUGAAAUGGAGAUCCCGUCGCCGACAUCCAAAACGAGAGAGAAGAAGAAACAACAGAAGCAGCAGCUGAUGACUCAGAUCAGUGGAGUUAAGAAGGUCUCUCAUGGACCCUCACUCUCUAACAGCAGCAUCUCUCGCUUCGGAGUCAAGACCGAGAAAGAGGAGCUGCUGUCCAAGGAGCUGGACGACCUGAACAAGUGGGGUCUGAACAUCUUCAGCGUGUCGGAGUAUUCCAACCACCGACCUCUCACCUGUAUCAUGUACGCCAUUUUUCAGGAGAGAGAGCUUCUAAAGACAUUUAAGAUUCCGGCUGAUACGUUUGUGGCCUACAUGAUGACGCUGGAAGAUCACUACCAUUCAGAUGUGGCCUACCAUAACAGUCUGCAUGCUGCUGAUGUCGCUCAGUCAACACACAUCCUUCUCUCCACCCCUGCUCUGGAUGCGGUCUUCACAGACCUUGAGAUCCUAGCCGCCAUCUUUGCUGCAGCGAUCCAUGAUGUUGAUCAUCCUGGAGUAUCAAACCAGUUCCUAAUCAAUACCAACUCUGAGCUGGCCCUGAUGUAUAAUGAUGAGUCUGUACUGGAGAACCAUCAUCUGGCUGUAGGCUUCAAGCUGCUACAGGAAGACAACUGUGAUAUCUUCCAAAACCUCACAAAGAAGCAGAGACAGUCCCUGCGCAAGAUGGUCAUUGACAUGGUUUUGGCGACGGACAUGUCCAAACACAUGAGUCUGUUAGCUGACCUGAAGACUAUGGUUGAGACUAAGAAGGUGACGAGCUCUGGAGUGUUGCUGCUAGAUAAUUACACGGACAGGAUACAGGUGCUGCGCAACAUGGUGCACUGUGCUGAUCUGAGUAACCCCACAAAGUCCUUGGAGUUGUAUCGUCAGUGGACUGACCGCAUCAUGGAGGAGUUUUUCCACCAGGGAGACAGAGAAAGGGAGCGGGGGAUGGAAAUUAGUCCCAUGUGUGACAAACAUACAGCAUCUGUGGAGAAGAGUCAGGUGGGGUUCAUAGACUACAUUGUUCAUCCUCUGUGGGAAACUUGGGCGGACCUGGUGCACCCCGACGCCCAGGACAUUCUGGACACUUUAGAGGAUAACAGGAACUGGUACCAGAGCAUGAUUCCCCAGAGUCCCUCUCCUCCCUUUUACGACCAGGGCACUCACGGACACAGUGGAGGUCCAGGUGUACAGGGAGGAGGGGAAAAGUUUCAGUUCGACGUGGCUUUGGAAGAGGAAGAUUUAGAAGGGAUGGAUAAAGACGGUGAAGACGACGACGAUGAGGAGGAAGAGUUUGAGGAGGAAGAGGACAGUCUUGGGAAUUCUCACUCUCCUCCCCUGGACUAUUUGGACAGUCAGGUGCCAGAGGAUGGAGCCAUGRUUGAGUCGGCAAUAGAGAUUGUGACGCACGAGGCGUCCCCCACAGAUACAUAGGGCUUCCAUCACCUGGCUCACGUGGUGAUUUGAAAGGCCUUUUUCUUUUUGGAAAUAAAAAGAGGGAAUAUCCUCUUGGAGCUGUGCUUUUAAAUAAGCCCACAGUGGCGAGGGCUUUGUUUUGGGCCAGCGCUGGGGCACCUUGCACUUGGGUUGUUGAAGCCAGACGGAGACAGAUGGGUUAUUUUUUAUUUUAUUUCUACUUUUUUUGAGAAAUGGCUUCAGAGUUCUCAGGAAUUAGUAACUGCGAACAGUUUAGUCUCAAUGGAGAUGAGCGGAACUUGAAAAUAUCCAGCCAGUUUGGAAAAUGAUUCCUUUUCUGGACUGGCAUUAAAUGGACACUGACACUACUGAGAGAAUUUUUGUACCGUAAGAYUUUUGUUUUGUUUUGUUUUGUUUUUUUAAAGAAACAAGAUCUAGAAGUAGCAUAGAAUAAGAUUUACUGAUGGAGACACAUUUGUAUAGCAAGAGAAAAGUGUUUACUUUUUUCUGUACCAUUUGUCAAAAACCUUUUGUGUGCCUUUUUUACGACUGUCUUUAUAAUAGUUUUUUUUUAUUUAUUAAACAUGCUAGUUUCAAAUUGAAAAAGAAAACUUUUGUAUGUCUAAGAAAUAAGUCUUCCAUGUAUUGGGCAAUAGAGAAAUCCAAGAAAACAUUAACUUUUUAACAUCUACGGUAAAUGGGAAAACAUACACAUUACCUAUUUUUUCCCUCUUUCUUUUAAUCUAAGCACACAUUUUUCCUUACAUGUAGAACUUAAAUAUGAUUCAUGUUUAGAUUGUUGAUCUGUUAGUCAGUCAAUGAAUAAAUGUCAACAUCAGGCCUAAACAUCUUUAUGUAUAACCAUUAAUUAACUAUUUUCAGUUUGGCUGUAAACCGUUCAGUUUUCCUACUGGGUUAUAAAAGGAAUACAAAAUUGUUUUCAUCUUUUUAUCAGCCACAUUAUAAAGUUACGACGUUUUUCAAAUGUGUCGUCUAACUUUUCCGUUAUUUUCGGUAUUUUGACCCUAAUCAGCAGCAAUAUUUACGUGAUUUACAAGCCCAUCUUGGUUUUACUGACAUGACCUGAAAACAAUCAGGCCAGCUAUUUUUCCCUCAAAAUCCCUCAAGUGCCCAUUGACGUCAAUUGAAGAAUUUUUCCCUUCCCCCUGCUGGAUAAGUUUCCAGGACAGUUGGGUYAUUGGGAAUUUGCAGUGGCAGAACAGCUGGAACCAGCGUCACAGAUUUCAACCUUUUUAAGGGGUAGAAAAAGGAUAAAGAAUGUCUUUACGGAACUUUUUUGUUUUGUUUCUUAAACAGUAGCAUCCAGCAUAUUAAUAUACAUUAAUGUGCAAAUUUCCCCACUGUGGGAUCAAUAAAGUUUUAUCCUAUCUCUUUA